AAAGAAGGCAGCUUAGAGGCUUGUAAACAACCCUGAAACGAAGACAAGAAAGAAGACAUUUAGACACACGUCUAUAACUGAACAUCGAAAAUAUAGCUCGUUUAUCCGUAGAAGUUUCGCUAAGUUUCGGUGACAAAAUGAGCAGCCACGUUGACGUGAAAAACAUUGAACCGACCACUUUUGAAGACCGCUACUACGAUGAAUAUGAAUAUUAUAACUUAACAGACCGUUAUACCGAGUGCGCUAGUCGCAAGGGCAGGACGAAGAAGGAGGCGUGCUGUAACACGAACAGACACAACCCUGCGGGACACGAGCGGAAAAUCGUGGAGAAGCUCCAGAAUGCUGAGAAGAAAUCCAAAGAGUGACGCAGAAGAGAUUCAUUCGGACGGCUAUUUCUGGCAACCGACCACAGGUGUCUCUGCGGGAAACGGGCGCUGAGCUGCUUCAGGAGUGACUUCAUGAACCUCCGCCUCGGGAUGAGAUGAGCGGGCUCCAGUGACUCGUGGAGUGGAGAGUUUUGUCAGGCACACCGCUCUCGUGUAUGUGGUGGGCCCUGCAGAACCAGCACCUGUUUAGAGGAACCGAUAUGCGUGUGAUGUUGAAUGUACGUUUUAAACGGUAGCUUUGACCAUGUUUGGUGUUUUGGUAUGACUUUAAGAGUUUUAAUAAAGACCACUUUUUUCAUUAAAAUUUGAA